AUUAUCAGUCAAGAUGGUCAACACAUUCCCAAUUUAAUUAAUUUUCUUUUUUUUGGGUUGGAACCAAUUAAUUAAUUUAAUUUUCAUUUUCCUUCAAAACAAUUAAACCGCCAAAACAAAUAAUUUUGCAGCAGCACCGGCGCACCAUCGACCUUCGACUUCGAUUCUUCCGCCAUUGUUUCCACCUUCGUUUUCCACCUUUUCCAUUUUCAUCUUCCUCCAUUUUCAUUUCCAAACCCAUUAUAUGAAAUUUAUUACAAUCUUUUGAAGUUUAGAACCCAAUUUCAAACCUUUCGUCUAUUGCACAAACCCUUACCGCGACUCUUGCAAUCGCUCCACCACUAGGGUCGCACGACUAGCCGGAAAACACCGCCUACAGUCGCCUACUGCGCUACUAGCACCACAUAGGGUCGCACGGGUAGCAAUUUAUUGGUUGUUUUGGGCAUUGAAUUUGCUAUUUUAGUACUACUGCCCUAGCUAUUCGCACAACUUUGCUAGCCUCCACAAGACCACAAUCGACUACUGACGCAUUCUACCUCCGGCCAACCACUGCCAACAAGACCAGACGGAAAACCCUAACCAGCCCUAUUAGGGUCACCGCAACUAAGCUAGUAGCAGGAUGGCUCGAAAGAAAUCGCAAGUGCACGCAACGGACAAUUCUGAAUGCGAGGAAGAAAGAGGUCGUACUAUGCUCAGAAUGGUUGGGAGAGCUAUUCAGGUUGGCACAAAAAUCUCUUUACAGUGGCAUACAACUCGGAGAAUCCUUAUCGGUGUUCAUAUAGGUCAUUUCUCCACCUACAUUGGUGUAGUUGUCCGUGAAAAAGUGAGCAUCACCUACAGAAAGUGGUCAGACCUGCCAAAAGCACUUCUUAAUGAUUUGUAUGACAAUAUUUCGAGGGGGUUUCAUAUCCUUGAGGAUCGCAAAGGUUGGAUUAUGAAACAAGCUUGCGUUCGAUGGAGAGCUUUCAAGACUAGAUUAAGGCUCAAAUGGUUGUACCAGAAAGAUGGAACAAUCAAUGAUUCUCCACCAUUGAAAUAUCCUUUUAUAUCUAAAGAUGAUUGGGAAAAAUUCAUUCAGGCUUGUAAUUCUAGGGACUUCAAGGUGCAAGUUCAUUACGUUGGCAUUUAUUUUAUCUUUAUUUUUUUGUGUACAUUUAAAAUUUGUGUGGAUUAACUCUGAUAUUAAAUAUAAUUAUUGCAGAAAUUGAGGAAAUCGUGAAAGUUCAAAGAAGAGGACCUCAAAAUAUCGAGGUAGGAGACUUGGCUAUCAAUAUUUUGAAGAAACAAUUGUAAGUAUAUGCUAAACAUUUUAUAACUACUAUGUGGUAUUAGUGGUGUUCUUAUUGCUGUAACCUUCUG